UAUAAUGGACAAUUUUCCAAUACAACUAAAUUUAAUUUCAUGAUUUUCAAGUCAUUAUUUUACCUUUCGUAUUCUUCAAUUAGAUUUUAAACGCGAACCAAUCAAAAUCGAGUACACCACAUUUCACUAAAUAUCUUGCGACAUUGCGUUUAUAUUGUUUGAGCGGUGACUAUCGGCUUUUUUGAAAGAAUAAGGAUUGUAAUUAUUUUUAAAUUAUUAUAUUAUUUAUAUUUUUAGAUCAUUGUUAUAGCUGACGGAUAAUUAAAUUGACGGAAAAUAUGGCUAGUGACAUAGAAACCAAUCAACACACUCAAAAUCCUUGCAAUUUUAAAUUUUAUGAAUUUAUUGAUGACGUUGGCGAGGUUAAAAUUAGUUGUCACAUUAUAAGGUUGGAAGAUAGUUUAUAUUUAUGGAUUGGAGAUGCUAAACAGUCAGUCAUGAAUGAUCUUGCUUUUGGACUUACAUCAAAUUAUGAAUCAAUACCUAUUGCUACAAAAAUAAUGGGUGCAGUGGAAGAUGAAACAUCAACUAACAUAGCUAAACGUUUGACGAGAAAAUUGGGAAAACCUGUAUAUGUUAGUUUUAAUUUACAAGUUGAUAAAAUGUUAUUGCCCAAAAUCGAACAGAGAAUACAACAAGAAUUUAAAACAAAUGAAAAACUAGCAAUCAUUUAAUAAAUUUAUGUAUUUCAAAUAAAUUCAAUAAA